AUGCAGGGCUUUUGUGGUCCUGUCAGCUCACACUUGCCUCCGUCUGGUCAUCUCGGUGUCACCGACAGACAAGACAGCCACAGGCCAACCACAACCUUCACCUCGCACAAGUACACCAUGGGAUGUGGUUCAUCCCGCUCGGCUCAUGCCAGAGCGACCAAGUUCAAAUACACGCCUCAUGUAGACCCCGCGGUCUCGACCUUUGCGGAAGCCGAAGCCCUUUUUCAUGGUGCGGUUGAAGGAGUGCGGGCCAGCGAGUCGGAACGCACGUUUUUGACCGAGUUUUCCCACGAGUCAAGCACCCGGCCCACAGGCACCUUUACCCUUCGUGUCAAGCCAGGCCCAGACAUGGCAUGGCGCAUGUAUCCGUUGACGGUUGACCCUUCGACAGACUUGUUCCAGACCAUGUGUGCCGAUGCUGGUCUCGGUCAACAGGUCAAGGCUGCUGGUCGACCAAGUCUGACUCUCACGCUCGUCCUCGUGGCGUUCAACCAACAUUUCCCCGGCCUCGAGUUGACGGAAACCACCGUCUGGGACGAGAUGCUGAGCCGCAAGGUGGUGGCCAUCGGGUCUGCCCUGGGUGUGGCGGCCGAUGCGCUCCACUACUGGGCCCUGUUUGUCAACGGUACCGAGGUCGAGUACGCCUCGAACACUCUGACGCCCAUUACUCCAGGCGAUACCCUCUCGCUUAUCUUUGUCCCCCACAAGGUCGUCUCGCCGCCGGCUUCGCCCAGGUUUGCAACCGGCGAGGUAUCGUGGACCCGUCUCGCACCCGCGAUUGGAUCGUCGGGCUCGCUGGAGGUGCCAGACACGAUCCGGGCGCCGUCGUGCUCCUCGCUCUCGUUCUCGGAGGAGAUGGACAAGUUUGCUGUCGCCAACGAUGAGGCUGCAACCGAGUUUGGUACAUUGUCGACUGUGGCCCACACCGUCGAGACCGGAUCGGACUGGUGUCCUUCGGGCAAGAGCUCGAUAUGCGGGAAGGGUGGCCGCGGCGCGGCGCUUGUUCCCAUCUCGCGCUCGCAGUCGGCGGCACUUAGCCCGCCGCCGCGGUAUGGUCAGUCAGCGAUGCGCCCGACGUCGUUGACCGGUACAGUUGGCGAUUCGCGCAGAAGACGACGCGAGCGGCGCGAGUCGAGGGACGCACCAGCAGCUUCUCGCCAUCUCCAGUAUUGA